UUUUUUUUUGUUUAAUUAUGACGUCAAACAAAGAGAAAAUACCAAGACAUGCGAGAAUUUGAUUGGUUCAAUUGCGAAUCUUUCAUAGCAACCGACCGAAGCACAAAACAAGGUGGAAAUGCAAGUUUGGGUAUAUUAAUAACAAUGGCGAAGCAACGAGAAAAGGAUCCUGUUAAUAUUGUUCAUCAAAAUGCAAUACUCUGCGAGACCAUUAAAAAGGAAGUUAGAAAUCAAAAGCUGUACACGAAUUACAGCGUUAAUCCUUUUAAAAAAAUGUAUACACUGACUGGAAAGCCAAAUUCAUAUCAUGACUCUGCAGAUGGAGAGGAAGAUGAAAACUUUUUAAAGAUAAUUCAUCGAGCUUCUCAAGAACCUGUAAAUAAAUAUCUCCAUCCUCAAACUGAAGCACAGGAAUAUGGAUGGAUGCAUAAACCAUUGGUGCGUCAUAACAGAGAAGACAAACGACUAAAUUUCCCUCGUCAAAACUCUGAAAUUACAAAAUACAUGGAUGCUGCAUGGAGACUAAAAGAACAAACUGAAAACUUGCAGUGAACCUAAUGUAUUAAAUAUGUAUUAUUUUUCCACCAGAAUAUUUUUUCUGAUCAAUUUUUUAAUGGACCAAUGAUGAUGCGCAAUUUGCAUUACAAAGAAAAGUAACUGUU